CGAUUACCUAUGCACUCGCACUCGGAUAACGGCACUGUAAAAGCGGCACGCAGGCAGAUUCAACGAAGAUCGAAGUGCACACGAUGCGAUGAACCGCCGAUCGAGCUCAAACUCUACAGGCCGCCAACCAUUGCGCAGUGGAUCCCAUACUCCGUCCGCUCGCUCGCUCACCCGGCGAAUAUCUACUUUCUCGAAUGCGGAGCAAGGAGAUGACCAAGCUGCUACCACUACGGAACAUGCGAUCAAGGAGGAGAUCGAGGAGAUCAAAAGAUAUGAGGAUUUUACCACAAUAGACUGGGUCCAGGAUGCUGCGCGUGAACAAAUUCGGCGAAAGGCACGACGUCAAGAGACGGCUGGGUUCUUCGAGCGAGAGGGAGGCAUAGGGUGGAGAAGGAAGCUAUGGGAGUCCUACGAUGCUGGCCAGGCAUGGAUUGUAGUUACGCUAGUCGGAUUUGCAAUCGGACUAAACGCGGCCUUUUUAAACAUAGUCACGGAAUGGCUAUCUGAUAUCAAGUUAGGACACUGUACCACAGCGUUCUACCUGAAUGAGAACUUUUGCUGUUGGGGAGCAGAAAACGGAUGCCCCGAAUGGAAACGGUGGAGUAGUUUCUGGUUUCUCAACUAUAUCUUUUACAUUAUAUUUGCUGCUAUCUUUGCAAUCACGGCUGGCGUGCUGGUCAAAGCAUUUGCACCCUAUGCGGCCGGAUCAGGCAUUUCAGAGAUUAAAUGCAUUAUUGCCGGUUUCGUCAUGAAAGGCUUCCUCGGCGCCUGGACGCUCCUCAUCAAGUCUAUUGCUUUGCCUCUUGCCAUAGCCUCUGGGCUUUCCGUAGGCAAAGAAGGGCCAAGUGUGCACUAUGCCGUCUGCACCGGCAACGUCAUUUCGCGAUUCUUCAACAAAUACCGAAGAAACGCUGCCAAGACUCGUGAGAUCUUGAGUGCUUCUGCAGCAGCGGGUGUAGCGGUAGCUUUUGGCAGUCCGAUAGGAGGCGUUUUGUUUUCGUUAGAGGAAAUGUCCAAUUAUUUCCCUUUGAAAACUAUGUGGAGGAGUUACUUUUGUGCCCUCGUGGCCACAGCCGUCCUAGCGGCGAUGAACCCUUUCCGAACCGGCCAGCUGGUUAUGUUUCAAGUGAAGUAUGAUCGCGACUGGCAUUUCUUCGAAAUCCUGUUCUACCUCAUCAUUGGAGUGUUUGGUGGACUUUAUGGCGCCUUCGUUAUCAAGUGGAACCUGAGAGCUCAGGCUUUCCGCAAGAAAUACUUGACGAAGUAUCCAAUCUUGGAGGCAACCGUCCUGGCAGUGAUCACGGCUAUUAUCUGUUAUCCAAACAUGUUCCUUCGAAUCGACAUGACGGAGAGCAUGGAAAUCCUCUUCUUGGAAUGUGAGGGUGGGCAUGACUAUGACGAGUUGUGCGAUCGAAAAAACCGGUGGCGAAUGAUAUUUUCGCUUGCUAUAGCUACUGUCAUUCGGACACUGCUGGUCAUUAUAUCGUACGGCUGCAAAGUUCCAGCUGGCAUCUUCGUGCCAUCUAUGGCGAUCGGUGCCUCUUUUGGACGCAUGGUCGGCAUCUUCGUGCAGUAUCUCCACGAAUCGUUCCCAACCUCUGCUUUCUUUGCGGGCUGCCAGCCUGAUGUUCCUUGCAUCACUCCAGGCACAUAUGCUUUCCUUGGCGCCGCUGCGGCACUGAGUGGAAUAAUGCACAUUACAGUGUCUGUUGUAGUGAUCAUGUUCGAGUUGACCGGAGCUCUGACCUAUAUCCUGCCAACUAUGAUUGUCGUCGGUGUUACGAAAGCUGUUGGAGAGCGGUUUGGUAAGGGCGGGAUCGCUGAUCGCGCCAUCUGGUUCAAUGGCUUUCCAUUCCUUGACAACAAGGAAGAACACACUUUCGGAGUUCCCGUGUCUCAAGUCAUGACACCGAAUGUUGUUGCCUUGCCGGCUGCUGGUCUUGAAAUCCGCGCGAUAGAACGCAUCAUGGCGGAGAACAAGUUCCAAGGCUACCCAGUCAUUGACGACGUUACAUCAAAGAUACUAAUCGGCUACGUCGGUCGCACGGAACUGAGAUACGCGAUCGACCGAGCGAAGCGGGACCAAAUGGCUCCCGGACAUGCGAAAUGCUAUUUUACGUCGACAUCUGCCUCUACAACAACACCGUCGUCUUCUAUGCCGUCGGUCACGUUUGACACGAUGGCGGCCACUUCUGCGCAACUAAAUGUCGACAUGUCGCGCUUCAUGGACCCUACCCCGCUCUCGGUGCACCCUCGCCUACCUCUGGAGACAGUCAUGGAGCUUUUCAAAAAGAUGGGCCCCCGGGUCAUUCUCAUAGAGUACCGCGGCCGUUUGACCGGCCUUGUCACCGUCAAGGACUGCUUGAAGUAUCAGUUCAAGGUGGAGGCUCAGGAGAACCCGCGGGACGACCGCACACUGAAUGAAGGGCAGGAACGUCUGUGGAGUGUUAUGCAUCGGGCUGCGGUCUGGGUUGACGUCAGGAUCAAUGAGUUGAGACGGAAACUGGGAAUCGGAGGCGGGCCAGGGAUUCAGCUUCAUAGCCCCAUUAGUCAGACUAGCUCGAUGGACAGAGGGCAGCACAGUGCUGAAGACGAGCGGCCGUCGAUAGAGCUCGAGGACCGCCCGCGUGGACGAAGAGGUCCAGAUCACGUGGAUGUUCGGUAG